ACUUCUCUGCCAACUUCGCCAACUCGCCGGCACUUGGAGCGGCCCGGCUCCCCUCCCGGCGCCCUCGGGCCGCCCCUGCCCUGAGCCCUCUCGGUUCAGAGCCUCUCGGGCCACCGGGUUCCAAGGGAGCUUGAGGGAGCCGUCUUCCCCACCGGGUCUCAGCACUGGCCGCAGCUGGCUCGCGAGCCAUGCGCCCCCUGUGCCCCCUGGCCCAGCCCGUCGCCCGGGGGCUGCUUUACUGACUGCCCAGCCGCGUGCCCCGACGGUGGCAAGUUGCAGCCGCUGCGGUUGCAAACCCCGGCGGGCCCGGAAGAGUCCCGGCGGGGAGCGCAGCGCGGCGCCCCCCGCCCUCGCGUGCCCCGCAGUAGCCGGGCGCCCGCUCACCCUCCUUCCCCCACCGUCCCUUCCUUUUCUCCUCAAGUCCUGAAGUUGAGUUUGAGAGGCGACACGGCGGCGGCGGCCGCGCUGCUCCCGCUCCUCUGCCUCCCCAUGGAUAUGCACUGCAAAGCAGACCCCUUCUCCGCGAUGCACCGGCACGGGGGUGUGAACCAGCUCGGGGGGGUGUUUGUGAACGGCCGGCCCCUACCCGACGUGGUGAGGCAGCGCAUCGUGGAGCUGGCCCACCAGGGUGUGCGGCCCUGUGACAUCUCCCGACAGCUGCGGGUCAGCCAUGGCUGUGUCAGCAAAAUCCUGGGCAGGUACUACGAGACCGGCAGCAUCAAGCCUGGAGUGAUUGGUGGCUCCAAGCCCAAGGUGGCAACGCCCAAAGUCGUGGACAAGAUUGCUGAAUACAAGCGACAGAACCCGACUAUGUUCGCCUGGGAGAUCCGGGACCGGCUGCUAGCGGAGGGCAUCUGCGACAAUGACACGGUUCCCAGCGUCUCAUCCAUCAACAGGAUCAUUCGGACCAAAGUUCAGCAGCCUUUCCACCCAACACCGGAUGGCGCAGGGACAGGAGUGACUGCCCCUGGCCACACCAUCGUUCCCAGCACGGCCUCCCCUCCUGUUUCCAGCGCCUCUAAUGACCCAGUGGGAUCCUACUCCAUCAAUGGGAUCCUGGGGAUUCCUCGCUCCAACGGUGAGAAGAGGAAACGUGAUGAAGUUGAGGUAUACACUGAUCCUGCCCACAUUAGAGGAGGUGGAGGUUUGCAUCUGGUCUGGACUUUAAGAGAUGUGUCCGAGGGCUCUGUGCCUAAUGGAGACUCCCAGAGUGGUGUGGACAGUUUGCGGAAGCACCUGCGAGCCGACACCUUCACCCAGCAGCAGUUGGAAGCUUUGGAUCGGGUCUUCGAGCGUCCUUCCUAUCCCGAUGUCUUCCAGGCAUCAGAGCACAUCAAAUCAGAACAGGGGAAUGAGUACUCUCUCCCGGCCCUGACCCCUGGGCUUGAUGAAGUCAAGUCAGGUCUAUCUGCAUCCACCAACCCUGAGCUGGGCAGCAAUGUGUCAGGCACGCAGACAUACCCCGUCGUGACCGGUCGUGAUAUGGCGAGUACCACUCUGCCUGGUUACCCCCCUCAUGUGCCCCCCACUGGCCAGGGAAGCUACCCUACCUCCACCCUGGCAGGAAUGGUGCCUGGGAGCGAGUUCUCAGGCAACCCAUACAGCCAUCCCCAGUACACCGCCUACAACGAGGCUUGGAGAUUCAGCAACCCCGCCUUACUAAGUUCCCCUUAUUAUUAUAGUGCCGCCCCCCGGGGCUCCGCCCCUGCCGCUGCUGCCGCUGCCUAUGACCGCCACUAGUUACCGCGGGGACCACAUCAAGCUUCAGGCAGACAGCUUCGGCCUCCACAUCGUCCCAGUCUGACCGCCCACCCCGGAGGGAGGGAGGACCGAAGCGACGCGCUGCCACUCGGCCACCGUCCCUGUCCCACCCCCCCUCCACCUCGAGACACCCUACACCCCCACCCCGCGCAGCCCUUCACGUCGAUGGCCUGACCGGACGGGACCGGUGGAGCCGGGGGUGGGACCCUCAGGCCCGGGCCCGCCGCCAGCCCCGCCCGCCGCCCCUCCCCGCCUGCCUGGAGCACCGCGCCGCCCGGAAGCGUUUCUGUGACACACAAUCAGCGUGGCCCAUCGCGGGGCAGCCUGCUUCCGACGCCCGCCCGGGCACCGGGAGGCUUCGCUGGAGAAGCUGGGCAAGGGAAACUAAGGGAAGGACUUUGUGCCGAAGGAGGAGCCGCGGGCGGAACCCCGGGGGAACUCCUGCCCCACCCCCUGCGCCUGCCAGGCUGACCCCGCCCUCUGUCUGCGUCCUGCGGCGCACAGUGGCACCGGGACUCGAGAAUCGGAUCGGACUCGAGGGACAGCGUUUGGGACGCCGGAGUUUUCCAAGGCUGGUACCCAGGGCGAGCAGACGCCAACUGAGCUCGUCCAGCCGAACUGCCCUGUUCCCCAGGGCCUGGGAUCUCCUCCUACGGUGACUGUACUCUCGGCCCCGCCUUGCCCCUACCUCAGCGCCUCGUCCACCUGCCGGCCUCUCACUUUCCCCUCCUGCGCGCCCUCAUCCCACGACGCCUUGGGUCUGGUCCCAAGCACGCAGCCCCACCCGGGCCACCGCGGGAACAGUUUCCUCCGACUGCGGCUGCGAGCACCGGUCUUUCCCAACAGUAACUUGCUGCCUCUCCCCGCAACCCCAACCCCAAACUCCCAACCUGCGGGCGGGCGGUAGGAGCCAGGAGGGAACUGACGACCCAGCCGUCCAGAGAUGGAAACCAGAGGCUGCCCGCCCCACUCCCCCCCCCCCCCCAGCCUUCCCUUGGGCAGGGGCUGAACAUAGCCGCAAGAAGAAAAAAAAAAAGGUCUACACUUAUUUAAUAUUAUGGUCUUUGCAAAAAUGAACAAAACAAAACCCCAAAAGGCUGCUUUGUAGAAAGACGGUGUGUGUGGUGUGGAGGCGAACCUCUCUCUGUACAUAUCCCCUCCCUCUCCGCCCCGCCCGCCGGGUACCUAGAGUCCCUGUCCCCACCCGCCCUGCCUGUAGAUACGCCCUGCUGUCCGUGCUGUGAGAGUCGCCGCUCGCUGGGGGGAGGGGGGGACACAGCUACAUGCCCACUAAAGCACAGCACGUCCUGGGGGAGGGGGGGCAUUUUUUACGUUACAAAAAAAAAAAUUAUGAAAGAAAUCUCUAUGCAAAAUGACGAACAUGGUCCCGUGGACGCCUCUCGCCUCUGUUUCGUUGGCUGUUUCUCUGUAAUUCCGUGUUUUCCCGCUCUCACCUCCCUGCAUCUCUCCCGGGUCAUCUCCCCUUUCUCUGCUACUCUCCUCUUCUGUGUCUCUUUCUCUGCCUCACUUGUCUCUGUCUGGUCCCGGCCCUCCUGCCCCAGGCCUCCAAGGCUACAUCAAAAGUGGCAGAGCCAGCCUCCGGGCUAGCCCCUUGUGGUCUUGCCAACGUGCCCGGGCCAGGCCGCCCUGCCCUGCCCCGCCCCGUAGUUGCUCUCUCGGUAGCGGCGAUGCUUCCUGCAUGUCUUCUCAACCGUGGAUCGUGACGACUCGAAAUAACAGAAACAAAGUCAAUAAAAGUGAAAAAUAAUAAAAUAAGUAAAUAAAUAAAAAUCCUUGAGCAAAUCCAAAAAGGCUUGGAGUCCUAGCCCAGAUCUCUGUUCCCUUCGAGCCUUUUUAUUUGAAAAGGAAAGCGAGAAAAGAGAAUAGUUCAAGAGGAAUGCCAGCGCCUGGUCCGGGUCCAGUGGCUGGAGCCGGCUGGCGAGGGUGCCUAGGUCCCAGCUCCGAGGCCAGGCGCAUCCCAGUCUUGUGUGGGGCUGGCCCUGCUCAAGGAGCGCGGGAUCCAGGAUCAGGCCUAGCCUUCGAAAGGUCUUCCACAGUUCUGGUCUCCUGCACCACUUUCAACGUGUCGGUUCGUUUUGAUUUUUUUUUCUUCUUUCCUUCUUUCCUUUCUUCCUUUCUUUUUUUUGUGCACAUGAUAAUAAUAAAUAAUAAUAAUAAAAUUUUGUAUGUCACUCC